CUCUUCCCUUCCCUCCUCUUCCCCCUUCUUCUUGUCUCACCCUCCCUCAGUAGUCGAUCAAUUUCAAGAGUACUGUGUGUACCCUCUUGUCCUACCUUUUCAAAUAUCAUCUCCCUCCAUUCCAGUCAUUCGUCGUACACAAUGGCCUCCGCUGCUCGCUCGGCCUCUCGGGCCUUCCUUCGCUCGACUCCUGCCACUUCGGCUUUCAGACCCGCUGCUCGCAGCGCUCGCUAUGCCCUCCCCUCCCAGGGCUUCCGCACUGCUUCCCGCCGCGGCUACGCCUCUGAGGCUGGCUCGGGCAAGUCUUCCAACGGCCUCCUGUGGGCUGGUGUUGCUGCUGCUGGUGCCGCUGGUGCUUUCUUCUUCCUUCAGGGCGGCGAUUCUUCCGUGAGCUCCAAGGCCUUCGUCCCUACUCAGGCGGACUACCAGAAGGUGUACGACGCGAUUGCCAAGAAGCUGGUCGACGAGACCGACUAUGACGACGGCAGCUAUGGUCCUGUCCUUGUCCGUCUAGCCUGGCACGCAAGUGGUACCUACGACAAGGAGACCGGCACCGGCGGUAGCAACGGUGCUACCAUGCGAUUCGCUCCCGAGUCCGACCACGGCGCCAACGCCGGUCUGAAGCACGCCAGAGACUUCCUGGAGCCCAUCAAGCAGCAGUUCCCCUGGAUCACCUACUCUGACCUGUGGACCUUGGCCGGUUCGGCCGCCAUCCAGGAGUGCGGUGGCCCUGCCAUCCCGUGGAGACCCGGCCGUCAGGAUAAGGACGUUGCCGCCUGCACGCCCGACGGCCGUCUCCCCGACGCCUCCAAGGACCAGAGACACGUCCGUGACAUCUUCUACCGCAUGGGCUUCAACGACCAGGAGAUCGUUGCCUUGAUCGGUGCCCACGCCCUGGGUCGCGCGCACUCCGACCGCUCCGGCUUCGACGGCCCCUGGGACUUCAGCCCCACCGUCUUCACCAACGACUUCUUCAAGCUCCUGCUCGAUGAGAAGUGGCAGCAGAAGAAGUGGAACGGCCCCGUCCAAUUCACCGACAAGACCACCAAGACCCUGAUGAUGCUCCCCACCGACCUUGCCAUGAUCAAGGACAAGGAGUUCCGCAAGCACGUCGAGCGCUACGCCAAGGACAACGAUGUCUUCUUCAAGGAGUUCACCGACGUGUUUGUCAAGCUGCUCGAGCUGGGCGUUCCUUUCACCAGCAAGGCCGAGGACCGCUAUGUCUUCAAGUCCCCUGAGGCAUAGAUCAGCCGCGGGUUUGUGUGAGGUGUGCAGUGCUAUGCAUAGCUUUUUGGUUUUCUAGUGCGAUUUGGGAUAUUCUUGUUUGCUUGCGGGGCAUUGCGUUUCUUGACUUGGUUCGACAUUUUGAUAUCCGACAUGUGUGUUCACGGCUCGCUUUCAACCGGCCGUAGCCCCUCUGUGUGGCUUUGUUCUCGACCUGAUUGCCAUUAGAAGGCAUUGCACAGGCGAGUCUGGUGGUUGUAUGUAGAAGGCAUUUAGAGUAUAAAUACUAGACUUUCCACGAG